AAAUACUCCUACCUAGCAAAAGCUAUACGCAACCAAGUGGAGAGCUCCAAUCCACCAGCACAUCGAGCUGCUCCCUCUAUUAGAAUCCAAGUGAUCGGGCGUCGUGGUGGUGCUGGAGGCGAAUAUGAGCAGGAACAACGGCAAGAGUUCCAAGCUGGAGUGCCUGAGGCUGAUGAGCCUGUCGAGGGCGCGUGGCGGCGGCGGGCCGUCGGCGACUGUGCGCCCGGGAGGAGACAGCGGCGGCGUCAACGCGAACACGUCGCCACGCAGGCUGUCGUCCUCGUCGUCCUCCACCGCGUCGCCGCCGAGCUCGUGCGUGUCGUCGGAGGGCAGCCCGGACGCGGCGGCCGGCGGAGCGGGGCCGCCCAUGGUGCUGGCCGGGUGCCCCCGGUGCAUGAUGUACGUGAUGCUGUCCCGGGAGGAUCCCCGGUGCCCACGGUGCCACAGCGCCGUGCUUCUCGACUUCAACGACGAGGACCAGCGCCGCCCACGCCAACGCCGGUGAUCCGAUCGAUAGACAGGCUAGCUAACUAGCUGGUGCAACGGCCGGGUUCAGUUCUUUCCUAGUUCUUCGUCGUCGUCGUCGUCGCCGUCGUAGCUUUAAUUUACCAUUCAUGAUCGAUCAGAGUUUACGUGGAUCCCGAAAGGAAUUAUUUCAUAGACCUGUUUCUUGCGUGCGUGGUGCACCUGUCAAAUGGAAUUGGUCUAGGUAAUAAUUUCGCGUUUCAGUAGUAUUUCCUGUGCUAGUAUUCAGCUGAGAGCUAUGUGCAACAGUUCAAAGACUUUAAGUUUAUCAUGUCAUCAACAUUUAAAUCAUUUAAUGGAAGUAAUGCUCUUGUCCUGUCA